GACAGGUCUUCUUUGUCAAGGCAUAUGCGCGAUCUCGUACAGGUUGAGGUGCCCGUUCUUGGUGAGGCGGCGACUCACCUUUUUGCAGGGAGUAACAGUGGGGGGAAGAAAAUCCGCGCGACAAUGGUCCUACUUACCGCACGUGCAUUCCGGAAGGGGCGCGGGCGCAGCCUUCGCCAACGUAAACUUGCAGAAAUAAUUGAAAUCAUUCACACCGCAAGCCUUUUCCACGAUGAUGUCAUCGAUGGCGCUGAUGUGCGACGUGGGUGCUUAUCAGUGUCAGCAAAAUUUGGUGAUAAGAUUGCUGUCCUUGCGGGCGACUUCCUUCUUGCGCGAGCCUGUGUGGCUCUUGCGAAGCUCGAAAAUCUCGCUGUCGUUGAGCUCAUAUCUGUCGUCAUUGAGCACCUUGUCCGUGGCGAGAUUGUACAGAUGCGACCAGAAAGUCACUCAUCAGACACGCACACCUUGCUUGAAGCAUACCUGCACAAGAGUUUCUACAAGACUGGCAGUCUCAUGGCCAAUGCAUGCCGCGCCGCAGCUUUGCUUGAGGACGAGACCCAGGCUAACUGUGAUGCUGCGUUUGCAUAUGGCCGCCACGUCGGCCUUGCGUUCCAGCUCGUUGAUGACGCCCUCGACUUCGAGGCAUCAGAUCUAGAACUUGGCAAACCAGCACUUGCAGAUCUCCAGAUGGGUCUAGUCACGGCAUCGACCUGUGCGCCAACCAUCUUCGCAGCGCGAACCUCACCAGCACUUGAGACUAUACUAAAACGCAAAUUUGAGCGCGCUGGUGAUGUGGAUACGGCAAUUGAAAUAGUCUCACGCUCUGAAGGCGUGCAGCAAACCAGGGACCUCGCCCUAGUGCAAGCCGAGCUGGCUGUUGAUGCACUUUCUAAGCUGCCAGACUCUGAUGCACAGCGUGCCCUCACAGCCCUCGCUCACAAAGUUGCAACUCGACGAAAGUAA